CAAAACACGAGAGAAUAGUGAAAUCCUCGAGCUCUUUGAGAGGACAGGCAUUCAGUUUAGCCCUCAUACCUGCAGUGGGAAAACAAGAGUCUCAAUUAAAGUGGAUUAAUCAAUACAUGUAUAGUACUGUAAUUAAAAGAACCUAACAUGACGAAGUUGCUCGUAAAGAUGCAAGUCUGAUGACAAACUCAGGAUGAUGAGUGAGUGAUAGUGUUGUUAUUUAAUAGCCUGAUAGGAUAUACCUACUGCCAACAUUUUCACUGUUCUGUUUGAAACUAGUAUGUUGAAGAGUGCGCCAGUAGACUACCGUCAUGUAGCAAGCUCUGACAAGGGCUCUAAUGACACGAGUAUUUGACCUUAUAGUCAGGGGUCGUGUUAUGGUGAAGUUGCUUGAGACUAUUAAAGCCAUUGCCUUGGUUACAUGUGCAGUGUUUGAAGACAUGCUUGUGUGUGUACAGUUAUUAUUGUUUGGCCAUAAUUCGUCUAGACCUGAGGAUUUGUACCGACCAGGUGAGGUGGACUUUGACCCCAACGAGGAGAGCUUACUAGCGGAGCUUCACCUAGCAACCAGCGGUAGCAACGCACCCGGAGUGGAUCUGAUCAUUAUAGACAAUGAGAAACUAAUGCUGAAGAAUUAUGCGGCCAUUUUUCAGCCCGGCCAAGUGUUGAGGAGACAAGAAGAGGCACUGAGAAUGGAGGUAGAGGCACUGUCAUCACCAGAGGAGACAUCGCCAUUGCUGUCCUCAAGCUGUUCAAGGACAUCGGCACAAGUAAACAACCUAGCCAUAGCUAUAAACUUCGUGCGGGAUGUGCGUAGUUCGAGCUACUUCCUAAGUAUCGCAGAAUUAGAAUUUCGCAAAAAAAGUCACUAUUGCGGGCCACAAUCGUGGCCCCUGACGGUUAAAGGGUUAAAUUCAUUCAAGGCCUACUAUGCUGCUAUGAAAAAGAGAGGCCUCACGUAACUCGUGCGACUAUCACCAUGUGACUCUUUAACCCCUCAGUUCCCGAGCCCCACCCCUCACUGUCUGACUCGGAAGGGAAGAAAGACUUUGAAUUCUGGGAGAAGGCUUCCACCCUACCCUCGAACAAGACCCCAACCAAGGACCUGAACUUGUUAUGAGACUGUUAAAUAUUAUUUUGUCUGUUUUUGUACUAUUUUCUGGCAAUGUAAUUAUGUAUGUACCACUUCAUGUCAUCAUAAUAACUAUAAUUAUAUGCAAUAAAAUUCUGUUGCAACUUCAACAUGAUAA